CCUUUACUCGUUAGGGGUUGUACCUGGGAGCGAGGCUAGAUGCAGUUUUUCUACGAAAUAUUAACUUUGACAAAAUAAAAACUACCUUUAUUACACAAAAGCAACAAUUACAUGGACGCAAGCUACUUUACAUUGAUAUUGUAUGAAUGUUUGAUAAAACGUGGUAAGCGGUCGCCGUUUUUGGUGAAUCCGCAAUUUACGUCUGGCCACGCUUGUCUCCCCCGUCUUGACGCAGAGCACGUUUUGGCCUCUCGCGCCUCCGGCACGGUUUUGUGCACGUUGUUUUUACUUUGUUUGCUCCGUGUUUCGCCUUGUUCUUUUACUUUGUACACUUUUGUUUAUUUUAUUUAUUAGUAGCCCUGCUCUAUUCUGCUCUAUUUCAUCAGUUUAAUUAUUUAAGUAGUUUGUAGUGUAUUUUUUGUUGUUUAUUCCGUUGGUGCUUGGAGGUCGUGUGUUCGAGCGGCGUUGGUUUGAGAUGGAGCCAGUGGAGCGGCGCAGCAAAGUCAAUUUCACUGAGGAAGAACGCAACGUGCUCGUAGAUCUCGUGAGCAAGUACAGCAGUGUGCUUGAAUGCAAGCAAACUGACGCGGUGUCUGUUCACGCCAAGAAAAAGGCGUGGGAGAAGCUCACCGAAGAAUUUAACUGCCGCCACAAUGUGCGGCCGCGAACUUCUAAACAGUUGAAAAAGUGCUGGGACAACCUGAAGGAGAAGUGGCGCCGCGCGAAAGCCGAGGACACCCGGGAAAUAUUCAAAACAGGUGGCGGCACCCCGGCGGAUAGCAACAUGAACGAGGAGCUGCAGAGGGUUGGCGCGGUGGCUUCUCACAUGGCCACACGCCUACAAAAUCCCUUUGACAGUGACCGCACUGGGCCUGGCACAGAGACCACCACGCCUGCUGUUGCAGCACUGCUGGCUUCAUCACAGCCGGGACGAAGCACUGAUGUAGACGAUGCCGACAUGCAGUGCGAGAACUCGUGGCAGUGGGAUUUGCCACACAGCCAGGAUGAAGAACCGGCUAUACAGUGUACAGUCCCACAAAAUGGUGACCCUGCUCAGCUAGCACAAAGGACUCCGCCAGCACCAUCCCCACCUGGAGUCGUGCCAACUGCAGACCUGCCAGCUGUAGUCCUGCCAGCUGCUGUGCCACGGGUGCCAAUAGCCUGCCAUGAAAGACGAACCAACGCAAGCCGGCCGUCCUGCUCAAGGAAUGAUGCUGUGACGAGCGAGCUGGGUGCUCGGCUUGCUGCCAUCACGAAAGAUGCGCGGCAAAAGAGGAAGGAGCACUUGCUUCGCAUGAAGCUUCUACGUGAGGACCAUGAGCUUCGCACGAAACUCGCUCGUGAUGAGCAUAGUGAUAGACUACAGAAAAGGGCGGCAGAGCACGCACAACAAAUGGAGAACUUGAAAGCAAAAAAGGUCCUUCUUGAACUGAAGAUUAAGCUUCUUAACAAGCAAAAUGAAUGAGGCAGAAACAAGAAAAAAUUUUUUUCAUUAAAGAGAAAAAGGUGUCUUAAUGAAAAUAACAGAAAUUUGAGAGUUUUACGUGCUGAAACCACCACUUGAUUAUGAGGCAGCCAUAGAGUGGGAGCCCGAAAAUGUUAAGAUGGUUCUUUUACAUGCCUCUAUAUCUAAGUACACGGGGAAUUUCACAUUCCAGCGCCAUCAGAAUGAAUUGGCUACCACAGCUUGGAUCGAACCUGAGACCUUAAGUUUGCAGCCCCGCACCAUAGCCACU